CAUCUAUUGCAGCCAAUGCUUGUGACUUUAGUCUGUUUGUCUUUAAUGUAUGUUCAACGUUGUUGGCGUUUAAUAUGGCGAGUCCCAUCCAGCGUGUGUACUAAAAUCAGGUUUACUACGCUAAAAGAGACUGACAAAAUGUCGGAAUUGACACAGGCUGAGUUUGAGUCCAGUGACGAUGAACUCCCCGAGGAGGUCGCCUUUGGUGCGUCCAAAAGUGCUGCGCUGAAGAGCGUUAAAUAUGCAUUAGAGUCAGCUAAAAGAGAAAAGAACCUAUUGAAGGAGAAGCGAAGGAAAAGACAACAGCUAUUUCAAGAACAAAAGUCGAGAAAACGUCUUCCUGAAGACCUCCUCGAGGAAUUUGAUACAGAACCCCAGGAACAGACUGAGCUAUCAGAGAAUGACAAAGCUGAGAAAGAGACGAAGACCACAUCAAAAAGAAAACCCAAAAGUUUACCAGACAGCUACAGCGUAAAGAGAGUGAAAGAUGAAUCUGCUGCCCAAUCACUGCAACAAAGUGCCAUGGCCUUCAUACAGUCCCGUCUUUACGGCCCAGGAACCAAAAGAACAACCAAUGCAGAGCUUCUGUCCCUCAAAAGGAAAAGGGGUGUCAACCAAGGUGCAGCUGUGGAGUUUGUGAAUAAAAAAUUGGGUGCCGACGUAAAAGCGAAGGUUGCAAAAUCCAAUAAAAGGUUUUUACACAAAAAUAAACUGGUUCCUUCCUGAGAUCUAAAACAGGAGAAAACUGCUGGAUUAUAAAUUCAACACAUGAGAACUGGAAACUCCCUUGGAGAUGCCUUCCAUCAUCCAGGUGUUUUUGACCAUGUGGAUCACAUUUUACAAAAGGACACUUUUAAUUUAGUACCUUUUCCCUUGACUCAUAGUAAAAACAUUAAAUUAUCAUCAAAUAAGAUUCAGUCUCAGCUCAUUGAAAAAUAAUUGACAUCUUCCAUUUUGUGUACAAAUUAAAUUGUGUGUCAAACUGAAUGUUCAAGUUUGUAUUUACUGUACACUUUAAUAAAUGCAAACCUGAUGAAAGGACUGACA